AUGGAAAAAUUAUGUGUCGGCGUUUGUUCUUCGGGAAGGGUCAGGCUGCGAUCUUUUGAUUUGUUAUGCCAUGUAGGCUGUCUUUCUGAGACCAAUGCAAGAUUUUACAUUGCGGAAAUUAUAUGUGGUCUAGAACAUCUCCAUUCCUUGAAUAUUGUUCAUUUGGAUGUCAAACCUGAAAACAUUUUAUUUUAUCCAGAUGGUCAUGUGUUUGUUUCUGAUUUGGAUCGAUCUUAUGAUCUUUCUCAAAAUGAAGUUGCACGUGGUGAAAUUAUAGAUAUGCGAUCGGAUACUUGGAGUUUGGGUGUUCUUACAGCGGAGAUGAUUACAGGUCCUAUACGCUCAGAAGCUGAAAAUACUGCUGAAGCCUUUCGAAAGGCUCGUAUGGGUACAUACAGUAUACGUGGAUUAAAACGUCUUUCAAAACCUCUUCAAUCAUUUUUCAGCGCAUGUCUACAACGUCAGCAUACACAGCGUCCUUAUCUAAAAGGUGUUAAAGAAUUAAGAUUUUUAAAACCUGUUGACUGGUGUAAAGCAGAGUCUCGUCUUUUACGUCCACCAUAUUCAACUUCAGAACUGCAACACAGAGAAUCGAAGUAUGAAAAGACUAGAAUAUGUUCCACUGACGCACAACUAUUAUCUGGAGCAUUUAGUCCUAUAAAGCCAGUUAAGUUAUCGAAAAAGUCACAAAUAAAUACCAAUGAAGUUAACGGGGAUGGUGAUGUAACUUCUCUCGAAAGUAUCCCUUCAUCGUUGAUUAAAGAUGGAUAUACUAAAGAGAAACUGGAUUCCCUGUUCAGUACCUUCAGUUUUACACAUCCUACUUUACAAAGUUGUAAGACAACAGACAUUACAGAUUCAUUAUCUAAACUAACUGUGAAGACUGAAAGCUCAGACAACAUGUUGACAAAUAAAAACUUGUGUAUGAAGCAUGCUGAAAUCAUAACUAGUGAGAAUUCAAUGAUUCCUGUGCCUAUCCGAAGAUCCAGAACCCGAGGUACAUCUAUUGGGGAUUGA